AUGCUAAAGAGUAGACUUACUAAUGAUAAAAUUGUUAAUACAGUUUUAAAUAUAAAUAAAGAAGAAGAAAAUAUGGAUGAAAUUGAAUUUAUACCUAUAUUGAUAAAAAUUAGUCCAACAGAAGCUAAAAAAUUAAUAACAUCUAAAAUGUAA